CUAUUGACGAGUUUUAUUCUAUUUAUUUUUUAUUGUGUUGACAUUAAGUGUAUUAUCAGGAGCAUCUGGGGAGCAAAUUGACCUUUGCCCUACACCACUUCACCCCUGACCCCUACGCGUAAGAAGAAAGGGGAAAGCUGCCCGACCGGUUUAGUGACGAGGAAUCUAUCAUAGGAAGCAGAGAUGGCGGAGUUCACAUGUGUGCCUCCUGCUAAAGAGCUUAACGUGGAACAAGCUGUGAACAUCAAAGAGGAGCCGACAGGAGACACUGGAUGGCAGCAGGAUGAACAGGAAACGUACAACGAGGACCAGGAAACCUACGACUACUUUGGCUUAAGCGAACCAACUGGACAUCAUUGGAACGAGACUUACAACAGUUGUGAGCAGUCAGCAGACACGAGAUGGCAGCAGGAAACGUGUGACGUGAACUUUCCCCAACCUGACAACACAUCAACCUCACAGGUACAGGAGAGCAGAGACAAUAAGGGAAGGCAUCUGGUUAAAAACACCGAUGAGAAACCCUACAUGUGUGUGGAGUGCGGGUACAGUACAGCCAAUAAGGCUCACCUAUCCCGACAUAGGAGAACUCAUACAGGGGAAAAACCCUACAAGUGCGACCAGUGUGACUAUUCUGCUGCAGAUAAAACUACGUUUGACAGACAUCUAGCAAAGCACAGUGGCGAGAAACGCUACAUAUGUGAGGAGUGCGGGUACAAAACAGCUCGAAAGUCUCACUUAUCCCAACAUGUGAGAACCCAUACAGGAGAAAGACCCUACAAGUGUGACCAGUGUAACUUUUCAGCGUCAAAGAAGUGUAAUUUAAAUGAACAUCUAUCAAAAAAGCAUUCUGGCAAGAAACCCUACCUGUGUAGGGAGUGCGGAUACAAGACAGCUUAUAAGUCGGCCCUAUCCCAACACAUGCGAAAACAUACCGGAGAAAAACCCUACAAGUGUGAUCAGUGUGACUAUGCUGCUGCACAGAAGUCCAACUUAGACCAACAUCUUGUAAAACACUUCGGUGAGAAGAAACCCAACAUGUGUAGAGUACAGAAGGACUUGUCACAACACAUCACAACCCAUAUAGAGCAAGGUGAGACGUGAAAACCAUAUGGAAGAAGAACCCCUCCAGGAUCUCGGAGUGACCAUGCUAACUGUAGUUACUCUCAAGCAGAGGUUAGGCUCCGGCUGUUUUUAAUUUUUUUUCAGUCGAUUUUAUCGG